AUUUGCCCACAGGCUGGGAAGAAGCAUAUACUUUUGAAGGUGCAAGAUACUAUAUAAACCACAAUGAGAGAAAAGUGACCUGCAAGCAUCCAGUCACAGGCCAGCCAUCCCAGGAUAAUUGUAUCUUUGUUGUGAAUGAUCAGACUGCUGCAACCAUGACAUCUGAUGAAAAGAAGGAACGACCCAUAAGUUUGAUAAACGAAGCUUCCAAUUACAGCAUGGCUUCAGACUAUACCGUUCAUCCCAUGAGCCCUGUGGGCAGAACAUCACGGGCUUCGAAAAAGGUUCAUAAUUUUGGAAAGAGGUCCAAUUCAAUUAAAAGGAAUCCAAAUGCACCCGUGGUCAGGCGAGGCUGGCUGUAUAAGCAGGACAGUACCGGCAUGAAGCUGUGGAAGAAACGCUGGUUUGUGCUUUCUGACCUUUGCCUUUUUUAUUAUAGAGAUGAGAAGGAGGAGGGGAUUCUGGGCAGCAUCCUGCUGCCUAGUUUUCAGAUAGCCAUGCUCACCUCUGAGGACCACAUCAACCGCAAGUACGCUUUUAAGGCAGCCCACCCAAACAUGCGGACCUAUUACUUCUGCACCGACACAGGGAAGGAGAUGGAGCUGUGGAUGAAAGCCAUGCUAGAUGCUGCCCUGGUGCAGACAGAGCCUGUGAAAAGAGUGGACAAGAUCACAGCUGAAGGUGCCUCAACUAAGGAAACCAAUAACAUUCCCAACCACCGAGUUCUCAUUAAACCAGAGCUCCAAAACAAUCAGAAAAAUAAGGAAAUAAGCAAAAUUGAGGAAAAAAGGGCCUUAGAAGCUGAAAAAUACGGGUUUCAGAAGGACGGCCAAGAGCGACCACUAACAAAAAUUAACAGUGUAAAGUUGAACUCUGUACCAUCAGAAUAUGAAGGUGGCCCAGCCUGCCCACCUCCGAAUGUGCUCUACAGACCCGUCAAUGUGAAUAGUUCAGACGGAAAAACAGGGAACGUCAGCUUGGCAGAUGCCCGGGGUGGCAGUCACCCACGUGCAGGGCCCCUCGCCACAGAGGCCGAUCGCGUCAUUCAGAGAACGAAUUCAAUGCAGCAGUUGGAGCAGUGGAUUAAAGUCCAGAAAGGACGGGGCCUUGAGGAAGAGCCCAGAGGAGUAAUUUCUUAUCAAACAUUGCCAAGGAAUAUGCCAAGCCACCGAGCCCAGGUUGUGGCCCGCUACCCUGAAGGUUACCGAACACUCCCAAGAAACAGCAAGACUAGACCUGACAGUAUCUGCAGUGUGACCCCCUCUGGCCAUGAGAAGACUGGGCCUGGAACAACGGAGGAGAAGAGGCGGUCCAUGAGGGACGACACCAUGUGGCAGCUGUAUGAAUGGCAGCAGCGCCAGUUUUACCACAAGCAGAGCACCCUUCCUCGGCACAGCUGCCUGGGCAGCCCCAAGCAGCCCCUGGUGAAGGUCUCUGACCAGACGAUGUACUCCAUCCCCACCUCACCUUCCCAUGGGUCAGUGGCUGCUUACCCGGCAUUCUCCCCACAACGAACAUAUAGGUCGGAAGUGUCCUCACCCAUCCAGAGAGGAGAUAUCACGGUAGACCGCAGGCACCGGGCUCAUCACCCUAAGCAUGCCUAUGUACCUGACAGGCGGUCAAUGCCAGCUGGCUUAGCUUUACCGGCUGUUAGUCCUCAGAGCCUCCAAGGCAGAACGCUGUCACAAGAUGAAUGUAGGAGCACACUCUACAAAUACAGACCUGAAGAAGUAGAUAUUGAUGCCAAAUUAAGCAGAUUGUGUGAACAGGAUAAAGUGGUCCGUGCCCUGGAGGAGAAGCUGCAGCAGCUGCACAAGGAGAAAUACACGCUUGAGCAGGCCUUGCUGUCGGCCAGCCAAGAGAUAGAGAUGAAUGCAGAUAACCCAGCAGCCAUCCAAUCUGUGGUGUUGCAGAGGGACGACCUGCAAAACGGACUGCUUAGCACCUGUCGGGAGCUCUCCCGAGCCACCGCUGAGCUGGAACGAGCCUGGCGAGAAUAUGACAAGUUAGAGUAUGAUGUGACUGUCACCAGGAACCAGAUGCAGGAGCAGCUUGAUCGUCUUGGGGAAGUACAGAGUGAAUCGGCAGGAAUUCAGCGGGCACAGAUUCAAAAAGAACUUUGGAGAAUUCAAGAUGUCAUGGAGGGGUUGAGCAAACACAAACAGCAAAGAGGCUCCUCAGAAACAGUAGGUCUGGCAGGAUCAAAGCCUUUCUCGGCAGUUAAGUACAAAAGUGAGGAAGAGGAAGUAGUCCCACCUCGGCCUCCACUUCCUCGGUCUUAUGACUUUACAGAGCAGCCUCCCAUAAUCCCCCCUCUGCUCAGUGAUAGCAGCUCCUUGCUCUGUUAUAGCAGGGGCCCCGUGCGUCUGCCUGAAGAAAAGAAGCUGCAUCAAGUUCAAGGAUACCCAAGAAAUGGCUCUCACUCUGGUCCAGAUUAUAGACUCUACAAGAGUGAGCCAGAGUUGACCACAGUGGCAGAAGUUGAUGAAUCUAACGGAGAAGAAAAGUCAGAACCGGCUUCUGAGACGGAAGCUCCGGUUGUUAAAGGUUCCCACUUUCCCGUUGGAGUUCCUCUGAGAACGAGGUCACCCACGCCGGAAUCCUCAACAAUAGCUUCCUACGUGACCUUGAGGAAGACGAAGAAGGUGGAGCUAAGAACGGAGAGACCAAGAAGUGCAGUGGAACAGCUGUGUCUGGCUGAAAGUACUCGCCCUAGGAUGACCGUGGAAGAGCAAAUGGAGAGAAUAAGGAGACACCAACAGGCCUGCCUGAGGGAGAAGAAGAAGGGGCUGAAUGUCAUCAGUGCCUCAGACCAGUCCCCCUUCCAAAGUCCUUCGAGUGUGAGGGAUAACCCUGUGACAGUUACUCAGACUCUAAGGAGGGCUGAAAGCGUUAAGGAACUGGACCCCGAGCACAGAGAAAAUGACGUAAAGCUUGAUCCUGAAACUGCAGCCGCAGAAGCUGUGCUCCUGGAAGAUGCUGGACCCCAGAAGGCAGACCUUGGCAGAAAGCUUAAAAGAACUGAAAGUAUUUUUUAUGAAAUGCUCUUCACACCUGAGCCAAAUGGAAUGAGUUCUGAGGGAGUGAUGGAUACAGAAAAGCAUAAAGAUCAGACACUGGAAGAUGUUACGUGCAGCCCUCAAGAAGAGGCGGAGAUGACAAACCAUCAGGCAGAGGAUCACCCUGAGGAAGCACAGAGUCUUCAUGAAGAGGAGGGAACUCUUGCUUCUUUGGAGUCACCUCCUGAGAUUCCUAGAGAGAAUCAAACCACAGUGAAAAGUCUGUCCCCGUCUCCCGAGUCCUCCGCAUCACCAGCUCCGCCCACUCCACCAAAGCUCACAGAAGGAUCGCAUUUCAUGUGUGUGUAGUCUCAGAACUGCACUGACGUCUCUUGAGAGCACACAGAGCUGAAGCCGUGGACCCUCAGCGAUGGAAGAUGUUGUACAGUAUACCUUAAAUCUAUGAAAUUCAUAGUUCUGAUGCAUCUGACCACAGAGCAUCGUUUUAUCACUUUUGGAAAAUGUUUAUUCCAAAAUAGCUUUAACGGCCCAUGUGUGCACUCCGUAGUCUCGAGGUCACCAUCCUCCGCCAGCUUGCUGCUAUGAGUUCAGAGCCCACCCACCAGUCCAGGUGCUUUCUCCCGCGCUCCAUCCAUCCAGAGCUUGCUUAGUUGCAGUUCCCAGAUUUAGAUGCUUAAGUCUCGGUGGAUUUAUGUUUUCUUUGGCUUUUCGGCAAAGCUAUAUUCCCCUGUGAGCCUUGUUUUCUUUCCUUUCUUUUCUUCCCAUUCUGGCUACUGCAGUGCUUUGUUUGACACUUGAUUUGUAAAGAUUUUAUAUAAAUAUAUUUAAAAUGUGCCAUUUUAUUACUGCUAAGUGAAGUAUGUCCCGUUUUCUGCUAUAAUUCUUCCUCAGUCAGAUACAGCGUUAGCAGUUACUACCACUCUGUCAGCUCCCACACAAAUGCCAUUGCUUAGCUUUUCCUUAAAAAGCAAAACAAUUACAAGUGUAGGUAUUUUGGAAGUACUGGACUUUUACAUCGUUGGAAUAAUGUGUACAGCAAUAAAGCAGGCUUUUAGCUCCAGUACUUGGUUUGUGUACAGAUGUAAUUAUGUUCAUUGUGUAGAUGUUAUACAGUGAGCACAUGUAAUAAAGGCGCUUACUAGAGUUUACUGCAAA